CUCGUGUUUUGCCGCAAUUGUUCUCGUGCCUAUCAUGAUGGACCAUGCCAAACAAAUAAUGAAACCGCUGGUGCAACUGCUACAGGAACAACGGGCGCAAACGUAAGUUACCAUAGAAUACAGGGUUUGGAGACUGGGUACAAUUUAUUCUCUAUGUAAAGUUGCACUUAUUAUCUACCGAACCUGAAUAUUUCAAUCUCAAUAAUAAUUCAUGAGUAAAUUAGCCAACCAUAUUGAAGUAUCGAUACUGGAUCGAAAUUAAUUCAUUCCUUGGACUGGAUCAAAAUUUUUUUUCACUCACUUGAAGUAGUGAUUUAUUCGUACGAGAUGUCAUUUCAAAUUCUCCAAUUUGGACUGGACUACAUUUCAAGUCCUCACAUUGUGAUCAAAUUGCGCGCACUUGAAAUCUAAUCCAGUCCUCUUAGACGGAUUUGAAAUAUUACGUAAGUGAUUUAAAUUUGUUUGAGUUCGGCUUUUGAAUUUACAUGGCGCUGUUACAGGCCUUGAGCUCAGGCGCUUGCUUCGGCUUUCUUUAAAGGUAGAGUAAUACGGGCAACAAAAUUGCUGCAACUUGCAACAAAAUCUGAUUUCUACGCAUGUUAAUUGAAAAUGUUUACACAUACAUUACAAAUCACGAGGCAACAUGUGUCAACAUUUCUACUUAACAUGCGUUGAAAUCAGAUUUUGUUGCAAGUUGCAGCAAUUUUGUUGCCCGUAUUACUCUACCUUAACUCUAAUUGAAAAUGUUUAUUAUUAUCCUGUCUGUUCAGAGAUUUCAAGUGAGUGAAACAAACAAUGAGCGGUCAAGAUGGGACCGCCAGUCAGAAGAACGCAUCAGGAAUACGACCAAGAGAUGUCCGAACACGAAAUGUAAUGUUCCCGUGGAGAAAAACGGUAUGUCACAG